CGUGCACCCAGCGAAGACACCUGCACUCCCUCGAUAUUGUGUUGCCUCCUUGCGAUCGAGACUUCAGUUCGAAUCUGGCGAUCGUCCGGUGCUCAGGGAAGACGAGGGGUUUAUUCCUAUGGAUGGCAAAAGCUAAAUGGUCUUGAUACGAAGGGCAAGCUAAACUCCAGCACUCCGCUCCGCUCUCAUCGCAGAUUACGAAUGUCAUAAUAUCGUACAAAUCAUAACAUCGUCUGCUGAACUACAACAAUGAGGACUAAAUGGUGCCCCACCAUCACCGUAGUAUUCGGUGUAGUUCUCGCUAUACUAGGGCUUCUCUUUAACUUCAUCUUCGGUCCCAUCGUCUUCGAAAAUCAAGUCAAGAAGGAAAUUCAGCUUGUGGAUGGAACGGAAGCAAUGUCGAACUGGCUGGAUCCUCCCGUCCCGAUCUACAUGAAAUUUUGGCUCUUUAACGUCACCAAUUCAGAGGAAUUUCUCGCUGGAGGGCAACCUUUGAAACUGGAAGAGAUCGGUCCCUAUAUAUUCAAGGAAGAAAUGAAGAAGGACGUAACCGGGAGGUUUGACAAUGGCACAUUGGAGUAUAUGGAAACGACGACGUUCGAAUUCGUAAACGAAGGAUCGUAUGGCGAUCAAAGCGAGAUGAUCACCUUCUUCAACGCACCCGUUUACGGACUUGCUGCGAAAAUGGCCGAAGACCCUUUCUUUAGCUUCUUGUUAUCAACGAUUUCGAUCCUUCUAGAAAAAUUCGAGGAGGGUCAGCCAUUUGUCCAAAAAACAGUGGAGGAGUUGUUAUUCGAAGGCUACUACAUGCCUUUCUUUGACAACUUGACUGCUGUCCUCGAUUCAUUUGACAUGAAUGCAAAUGAGAUCUGGGAUUCGCAGUUGCCUCCAGAUAUGAGGGAUUUCAAAUUCGCAUUCUACAGAAUGAAUGGAAGCGAGGACGGACCAUAUCUCAUUGGAACCGGGGAAAAGGAUUCGACAGACUUCGGAAAGGUUUAUGAAUGGCGCGGAGAAAACGAGGUCAUCGUUAUCAUGAGUCAGAUUCCUCCGAAGGCACGAGGAAACUGUUAUAUGCUGAAAAACCUGACCCAGAAUUCCAUAAUAAAAAGAUACCGAGCCUGCAAUGCCCUCUGCCUAGUAGCUAGCAAGAAGAGACUUAUUAAGCUGGACCACUGCUCUACAGGGUCCAUGCACUUCAAAUACGAAAAAGACGUGGAAUUCAGGAACAUUCCUGGAAAGCGUUUCGUUAUUCACAGCGACUCCGUCGCCCAUGUAGAGGUGCUUCCCUCAAAUGAAUGCUUCUGUGUCGGCGAAUGCCUUGGAGCCGGACUCUUGGACGUUUCCCAGACUCUCGGUAAACCCGUCGUCAUGUCCCCUCCUCAUUUCUACGUUCCGGAGGAAGCUGGAGAUAAUGAGUUCAACAGCUCCCUCAUUCAUGGAAUAACACCAGAUAAAGAGAAGCACGAAACCAGACUGGACUUAGAACCGACCACGGGUGUCAUCAUCCGAGCCGCCAAGAGGCUACAGGCCAAUAUUAAUAUAAAACCGAUUGACGGUUACCGAACAUUUCAAAAUUUCCCCAGAAUGGUGGCCCCUGCUUUCUGGGUGGAGGAGAGUGUCGAACUGGACGAAGCUUCUGCAGAAAAGUUGUACGAUAAAGUGUACGGAUCGAAGAAAUACAUCGCGAUCGGUUCCUGGGUGGUGUUUGGAAUUGGAAUCGUCGUCAUGAUUGCUGGCGGGAUCUGGGCGAUUGGGCGCCGGAACCGGGGAAAUAAUCCGCUCUCCUCUUCUCUCAAAAAAUGCAAGAUGCAAAUUCAAGAACACAUGCCAAGUAUUUCCAUCCCAUUGAUUUAUUUAAUUCGGCUGAUAUGCGACGAAGUCUUCUGUGACCCAGUGUUUGGCAUAACAAAGGUAGGAAUAAAGACAGAAGAACGCCCGAAGAAACCAAGAAAUCAGAAUCCUUCACAGAUAUCCCACGUGGAUGACCCGAGAGACCUCUUCGAAGUGGUCCUCAAACUUUUUGAGGCGAGGGUCUCACGGGCUCUUGGGUCCACCUUGAGUGGGCUCCAUUGA